CGUGUACGAAUAUUUAUUAUACUCAACCCCACUCAACCUACAAACACUUGAAAAAUCGGUAAAAUAAACCUUGACUCGGUUUGUUUACAUUUGAGACGACACUUUUUUGUCGAUUUCAAUCUAGUUGAGGUUGCGGUUAAUGGCACAAAAUGAAAAGAAUGUCUACUACACCGACCGCCGAAGAGUAUCAGGAAGCAAUGUCCAAAGUAACCCUGGUAGAGCGCAAUCCGGAACCAAAUGGAACCCAGAUCGUGAGCAUGUAUAGAAGUGGCCGUCGUGAGGCUACCGAUAUUGUAGAGUUAGCCAAACAAAUCCAGGAAACAGACAUCCAAGUUACCAAUAAUGCCUGCGCCAAACUGUUGGUUAUUGCCGAACAAGUAAAGUUUCUACAGAAACAGGCUCAAAAAAUUCUUGAGGAAACUCGAACCGCUCAAGAUCUGCAUCAUGCCGCAUGCAAUUUCCGUAAAAUACCUGGGCAUAUUUACCAUCUCUAUCGAAGGGAUUCGGGGCAAACGUAUUUUAGCAUGCUGUCACCGGAAGAUUGGGGACCGAAUGGCUGUGCGCACAGCUUUGUGGGAAGCUAUCGACUCGAACAUGAUCUGACUUGGACUCCGAUUGAACAGUUACAACAAGUAAGUAGCGAUCUGAUAUGGGCUAAAAAAUUGUUAGAAACAAGCUCGAAGCAAAACGAUUUAUUGUCAAUUUGCAAUCCCUUUGGAGAAGAGAUGGAGACCUAAAGAUCCAAAGUGAUUUAACCAUUAAACUGUUAUUAUAGCAAAGCUGCUGGUAUUUUAUCAAACAUAAUGGCACACCGAUGUUCUGAAGACUUUUCAGCCGGACUAGUA